AUGACUCGGCUAGAAGGGCGCAAACGCUCGAAGCUGGCCUGUCAGACCUGCCGCGACCUCAAGCGCAGGUGCGACGGCGCUCGUCCUUGCGGAACAUGCGUUCGGUUUGAAUAUGACUGCACUUACAAUGCCUACAGGAAGAGACGGGACAUGGAACAGUACUUGGGGCCGGUCGGAGAACUGACGCCUUCUCGCUCCAGCGCAAAAUCCUCCCACGAUGAGUUUCCAUCGACGGCGAGCCCGCAUAUCCAAGCCCGAUCUGUCGAGGCAAACUCGUGUCCUGCGUUUGUGAGGACGCUGGCGCUGAGGCUGGAUCCAAAAAGGAAUCCGCGGAUGCUAAGCUUUGCCUGGAAUGCCUUUCUGGGAUCGCGGCAGACCCAUCCUGCGCCGUCCUUUCAGUCCAUCACAGACGUGGUAUCACAAAAGAGACUCGACGACUUGGCUGGCGUCUACUUCCAAAAGGUUGACCCCGUCUACGGCUUCGUCGAUGGCGAAGAAAUAGAAGACAACAUACGCCAUCGGUGGAUGAUUCGAGAUGCCACACAGGCACAAGACGCCAUACUAUGCGGCAUCGGCGCGCUGGGAUGCCUCUUCUCACAAACACAGACCGAUGCUACUGAUCCCGUCGAAUCUGCGCUGGUGGAGCUGGCAAAGAAUCUACUCGAGAAGACACUGUCCGAGCCUCCGACGAUUGAGAGCAUCACCGCGUGGCUACUACGAGUCACUUACCUGCGAGUCGCGGGGAACCAGUACACGGCCUGGAUGGCGAGCUGCACGCUGAUGCAUAUGAUCGAUGCAGGUGGCUUCAAUGCCGAAUCGCCGGGGAAAGCCGUCCUCCCAUCACCGCCUCAGGCAGUCAGCAUGGAGAUGAGGAAGCGGAUCGUGGCCAUUGCGCAGCAUCUCAACGUCUGGAUGUCGUUCGACAUGGGCCUCACUCGCGUUGCGCUCCCAAACAUCAGCACGGCAGUUUCUUCGGCGCGCGAAGGAGACUCUACGUGUGAAAUCAUAGAGCUGCUCCCGUUCUCAGUCGAGCUUGAUCCGCAGCGAAAACCCACGGCGCUGGAGCUCGAGUGUGCUCUGCAAGUGGUGCUGAGCCGCGUGCACUCCAGCCCGCCGUCAAUUCUUGCCCAGUGCAAUCUGGCGCUCUGUCUCUGCCGUCGUCUACGAUCGAUGGAGGUUGCCCUGCCGGAUUCUGUGCUCCAGCAAGUGCUUCUGCUGACGUCAAACGGCAUCCAGGCUGCUCAAGCGGUGCUGGCCGCUCGGGCACCCUGGCACCAGAUGGUCUACGUACCAUUCCAGAUCGUUUGUGUGCUGCUUGCCAUAGACACUGUAUCUUCUAUCUCCCAGCUGCGGGGUGCGAUGCAGUGUCUGAAAGACAUUACGGCUGUCUAUAACACCGAGGCAACACAAGACGCCUUGAAGACUGCUCGGUCCCUUGUUUUCCUGCAUCAGAAAGGAAAGGAAAUGUUUGCUUCGGCCUUGGGUGAGAUACUGAGGAACGACCCGAUGACUCCCGUUGGUGAAGCACCGGGAAUCUCGCCGAUGCUUUUGGAAGAUACGUUUGGCACGGGCAACUUUACAGAUCAGUUCUUUGGCCUCCCGUAUAACGACAUUGACCAGCUUGUGAACCCCGAUUUCUUUUGGAAUAUCAACGGCUAUGGGUUAUGA